CUAUGCCAUUCCCGUAAUUAUGUGGCCUUCGGUGCUCUGACGUCUUCUAAUUGAUGUGGCCAUCAACCAUGAAUUGACAGCAUAUUGGGCUCCAUGCCAACAUCCUUCACACCGCCAGGUUGAGCUCAUCGACUGCCCACUCCCCAGAUGAGACAAGUCCCACAUGCUGUCCGGACACUCAAAACUGUCACAAAACUCCCUCUGGAUCUCGGCCUUACCUCUCGUCCUUUGGAAGAUGUCCGCCAGGUUUUUGGCGCGCUCGCCACGCGGUUCGAGACACCCCACGAAUCCCACCUUGAUCCCAUUUUCAUUUCAAUUGACACUGGAACCAAGGACAAUGAUGCAGCCAUGUUCAUGAAGAAUCCGAUUUGCGACAUUGGUGUCGCGUAUCUGGAUAGCCGCUACUUUGGAUCCUGCAGCGAUACCCGUAAGCCCAGAGAGCACAGCCAUCCAGUCAUACAAACGCACCACUACCUGUGUGACCCGCGUCCUGGAUUGACAUUCAAGAGAAUCAAAGGGCGUCUAAGAUUUGGAGCUGUCUGGCCUGAGCUGGUCCCAAGGCGAAAGCGCCAGCAAUUGAUCUCGCAGAUCUUCUACCAUGAUGCCAGAUCCGAUGGAUACGCCUGCUGUCCCAGCAAGGACUUCCACCUGAUCAAUCCCAAUCAGACCCGGCUCGUAUCUGCGUCGAAUUGCCGUCCUGUGAUCGUUGUUGGUCACUCGCUCCAUCAAGAUCUGGCUAUCCUUGAACAGGCGGGCUUCACGCUCAACCAAAACGUCGUCCUCCACUAUCUAGACACUCAAUUGAUCGCAGGGCAUCUGCUCAGGGGCGGUGUCUGGAGUCUCAAAAGCAUGUGCAAGAUUCUCGACAUCAACUGCGAAGGCUUGCAUGUUUCUGGCAAUGACGCGACGUAUACGCUCGUUGCGUUGCUGAAGAUGGCUUCGAUGCUGUUGGGGUACCAGGACAAGACGGAGAGCCAGGUUAUGGCCUUCAAGCUAAGAGCCCUUGUGAGAUACGCUGAUAAGGACCUCCCAAAGCUGAGAGGUACAUAUGAUUGGGGUUAUCGGAAUCGAUGGCAGCAGUUCCUUGAGCGACGGAAGUACUGGAUCUAUGCUGGGAUUGCAUGUCUGGCGUACCCGUUGAGCUGGGUACUUCAUCACGGCUGGAUCUGAGUAUCUCGCACGCCUCUAAAGUUUAUUCCUCUGGUUCUUUCGCGAAAAGUGCGAACGAGAAAAUGUCCUCUACUUAAAUCAAAGCACCUUCACCACAUGCCCGAUCGGGAAUAGUCAUCACGGCGAGUCAUGGCUUUCGACCUUUGCCUGCAACGGCCUACACUACCACCGAGUGAAAGUGGUUUCUCGGUUUAGCAGCCAAAAUAUCUUCCGGUGCGACUAGUGAUAUUCAUGACCAAAAAUUUCACAGAUUGCUUCGAAUG